CAUCCCUGCGUGUCACGGGACGGUGCCGGGCACGGCCUGCAGCGAGGCACAGCUCGGACCGGCCGCCCUGCCCUCAGGGACGGUGUCCCCAACACCUGAGGGACGCUUCCUUGGGACAGCAGGUGAGGGCUGGCCCAGGAUCCUCGCUUGGAACACCUCCAGCCUCCUGCGUGGGCAGUGAGCCGGACCUGUUGUCAGACGGAAAGCGGUGGGGGAUCUCAGCACCAGGGAUGUGAGCCAGGUCACACAAAGUCAGCCUUGUCACAGGACCCAAAGCAGCGGCUCAUUCCUGAGUUUCUCGAUAAGUUCUGUCCUUCAGCUUCUCCUCAAGCAUGCAGUGACCACUGGUGGCUUCCUGUCUCAGGGACCAGGAGAGAAUGCUCCAAUGGAGAGCUUCCAGAAAUCCAUUUUACUUCCCCUAAUCCUGACUGCUUUGCUGCCAGGUCUGGGCUUUUGUUACUCCAUCACAAAAGGCCCUGACAAUGCCACAGUCCUGGCUGGCUCAGAGGCCCGGUUCAACUGCACGGUGUCUGCAGGGUGGAAAGUCCUCAUCUGGCUGUCCAAGGGCAGCCCUGUCCUCACUGUCAUCAACUCCCAGGGCUCUGUUGAAACCACUGACCGCUUCACCUCCCACAACUACACCACUGGCAACGAGUUUACCUCAGAGCUGAUCAUCCACAACACGCAGCUGAGUGACUCUGGGAGGAUUGAGUGCAGCAUCCAGCAACCCAGCGAGAACAACUUUGCUUUUCUUUCUGUUCAAGUUAAUGGAUCUUUACUCAUCAAAAAUAGCACCUUAACAGUAAAAGAGAACCAAACAAUUGAGAUUGUUUGUGAAGCCUUAGGAUGGGCUCCGGCUCCAGACAUUACCUGGAUGACAAAUGACUCUUUCCUUGAUAAGUCGAGCUAUGUUAACCAGCAAAGUCCAGGAUCUAAUGGCCUCCACAAUGCCCUGAGCACCUUAACUCUGACUCCGACGGACACUGAGGUUUUGACUUGUUUAGCUGACAUAGAAGCACUCCCCAGCCCUCAGAACGCAACUGUAACUCUUAUUUUUGACAACUCUGCUGCGGAAAAUGAUUACAGUGAAGACAACAGGAGCACCUGGGUUAUUGUAGUUGCAGUUGUGCUUUCAUUUCUUGGUAUUGUUCUCCUGAUCGUUAUUAUUGUGGUCGCUGUGCGCUGCUGCCUAAAGAGGAGAGAGUCUACUUACCAAAAUGAAAUAAGAAAAGUUUCAGCUGAGAAGAAAAAAGAUGGCGAUGUGGAAAACGGGCAGAGGAGUGGCAGUGAAAAUCUGGGAUACAUUCCAGAGGAAUUGUGGAACACAGAACAAAGCCCAAGACUUGCCUCUCUUCCCCCAAUGUUUUCAAAGUUUGCUGGCCCCGAUGACAAUCUGUACAUCAGUUCUGUGCCAAAGGUGCGACCUCAAAGACGUACUGAUUAUCUGAUCAGCCCAAAGAAAAUCAGGAAUGUGACACUCGUGUAGGAUGUACUUCUCCAAGAUAUUUCUCUAGCAGUUGCAUUUUUACACGUUGGGAUGCCUUCCUGCAAUGGAGAAAAGUUAAAACCAGUUCUCUCAGUUUAAGUUAUAACUUAUAAGUUAUUUUUCUUUUUUUUUUUUUCCCCCUCAUACAGUGAAAUAAAAUUGCAACCUUUAUAAUGCAGCGUGUGAUAUCUCAGCAAAAUAAUGGACAUGAAUGACAUAAAUGGACAGCCUUAACUUCCAAGACAAUGAGUUUGAUGGGACUGUGGAAGAAGAAUCCACAUUUUGGGUCCCAAGGAAAUCAGCAAAACUCCUGUCAGACAGGAAUGUUAUGUUACAGCAAGAUCAAGGACUGGAAAUGCAAGAUAUUUAUUAUUUCAGAAAAACUGGUGAAUAAUAGUAAUAAUAAUAAUGGUUAAUAUAAUAUCUACGCUUUUUAAUGUAUUUUAUGUACAGCUGAUCAUCUUGAGCCUUCAGAUCAACAACAUUUUUCCAUUCCUAUUCUGUAAUAAAAUCAAGGCAAGUUUUCAUGAGGGCUGCUUCAAAAUUUCUAACAAAACUCUCUUUGGAUCAGAAAUGACAUUUCUCCAUUUCAAUACAUUAUUUUAUAAGAGCUAUUUGCCUUAAAUCUGAUGUUCCAUUUCAAAAUAAAACCCAAUCACCCAUGUGCCAAAAAAAAUCCUUUUUAAAAAAAAAUGAAAUUCAGAAAUCUUAAGCUGAAAAAUGUAGAUUUGAAACUCUUGACUCUGAAGAGUUGCUUGAAUGUUUUAUGUCUCUGUUCUACUUGUGGGCCAAGUUGUGUCACAGCAAUGGUGGCUGCUGGAAUUCAGUUUGAACAGUGUUUUUUCCUCAGGGAUAGAGUUGAUAAUGACCAUGGGAAAUGCUUUAACAAAGCAGCUUCUCAGCAGAGCAGAUCCAGCACAUGAACCAUAUCUAAAAUUAAUGAAAUAUUUUGUCUGAAAUUUUAUAUUUCAUAAUAAAAAAGUUCAAGCUUAAUAUUUUUUUUUCUUUUACGAAAAGGCAAACCUCUUUCAGAAAAAAAAGUUCUUUUCAGUGUACUCUUCUUUCUACCCACUCAAAGAAUUCUGAAUUAUUCAGUGUGUCUCGUGGUAAUCUUUGGUAUGAACCGACGCAGGUGCUCUUGAAAGAAGCUCCUGCUUAGAAUCACUUCCAGUGACACUCUGUGCAACAAAACUGAGGAAUUUGAAACCUGAACUCAGGAAGGAAAAGUUGUUUUGCACAUUUAGCAUUUGGCACCUCCUUAACUCGUGCCAGAUUUUGCACUGCUGGUGGCAUUUUCAGCCAGUCUGUCAGAACUGGCAGGGUCUGCCAUGUGCUGUUUGUACACAAAGCUGUUUCGAGUUCUGACCAUCUACAGCCUUUCUAUCUUGUUUGCCUAAGGAGGAGCUUUGAAAUGAAUUUUGUAGUGUUAUACAGACAAAAAUAUAAGCAAUUUACAUUGUGGCAUAUUGAAAUUGUCCUUGAAAAUAUCCUUGUUUUGAAUUAAACACUCGUGGAGAAAAACA